AUGGCUUUAUCCAAAGAACGCGAAAACUUCGUCUACAUCGCCAAGCUUGCUGAACAAGCUGAACGUUAUGAUGAGAUGGUGGAUGCGAUGAAGAAGGUUGCAAAUAUGGAUGUUGAGUUGACUGUGGAAGAGAGGAACUUGUUGUCUGUUGGGUACAAGAAUGUUGUUGGCGCACGAAGAGCAUCAUGGAGGAUUUUGUCGUCAAUUGAGCAGAAAGAAGAGUCAAGAGGGAACGAGCAAAAUGUCAAGCGAAUCAAGGGUUACCGACAGAAGGUUGAGUUAGAGCUCACAAGCAUUUGUAGCGAUAUCAUGAGCGUGAUAGAUGAGCAUCUAAUUCCUUCUUGUACAGCUGGUGAAUCGACUGUGUUUUACUAUAAGAUGAAAGGGGAUUAUUAUCGCUAUCUUGCAGAGUUCAAGAUGGGGAAUGACAGGAAAGAGGUUGCUGAUCUUUCGUUAAAAGCAUAUGAGGCUGCUACCAGUUCAGCUGAGGCUGAGUUGCCUCCUACUCAUCCCAUUCGGUUGGGUUUGGCUUUGAAUUUCUCCGUCUUCUACUAUGAGAUUAUGAAUUCAGCUGAAAGGGCGUGUCACCUUGCAAAGCAAGCUUUUGAUGAAGCAAUCUCGGAGCUGGAUUCCCUGAAUGAGGAGUCAUACAAAGAUAGCACCUUAAUCAUGCAGCUUCUGAGGGACAACCUCACGUUGUGGACCUCUGACAUCCCAGAAGAUGGAGAAGAUGCCCAGAAAAUGGACACCACAAGCAAAGUAGGUGGUGGCAAUGAUGUAGAGGUUGCGACACCAUCUGUGCAACUGGCCUGCAUUAGAAUUCUGAAAUUAAUAAAAGUUGUUACUGGUCAGGAUUCUCCUGGAGCUUUGUCACCUCAAAAACAUUUUGAAUGUAGCAAGGUUCAAAAUAUGACUUGA